ACGGGUGUGUGUUUACAUGGCGAGAAAAAGAAGCAAUUCCUCCCUCGAACACACUGGCCGAGCUUGUCGUACAUGUCAAUAAGGAGCACAUCAUAGGCACAAGUCUUGAUCUUUUUCCAACUCGACCUCUCUUCUUCCAUCCAGAAUCCUCUUCUCCCAUCCAAAAGCUCCGCCUCGGCGUCCUCAUCCUCUUCGCAUCAUCUCUAGCCUCGCAGCAUUUCCCUUCUCCGACACAGCAGCAUGGCCGCCGUCGCCCCGGCUUCAAAUGCACCCGCGAGCCCAUCCAAGCCAAAGGACAGUGGCAAUGUCAUCAAGCGGCGAGCUCAUGACGUUGAUGACAUCGCCCACACCUGGCGUCAGUGCCUUUCCGCAUAACGGCGACCUCACUGUCUGGGACGGCACCAUCGUGGGCCCUGCCGACACGCCCUACGCCGGCCUAACCCUCAAGCUGCGCUUCAACUUCCCCGCCCGCUACCCUUACGUGCCCCCGGAGGUCCGCUUCACCACCCCCAUCUACCACCCCAACGUCGACAUGAAGGGCCGCAUCUGUCUGGACAUUCUCAAGGACAAGUGGAGUGCCGUCUUGAACGUUGGUUCCGUCCUUCUGUCGCUACAAAGUCUGCUCGGCGAGCCCAACAACGCCUCACCCCUCAAUGGCCAGGCCGCUGAGCUCUGGGACACCAACAUGGACGAAUUCAAGCGCAACGUCCUUGCUCGUCACCAAGACCUCACCGACGAAGAGAUGGAGUAGCCGACCACCCUCCUGCACUGCCGCUCCUGCUCCCACCACCGCUCCUCUUUUUCGUACUGUCGCCCUCACUUCCUUCCAGCGAAGCAUUUCUCUGGCCUCAUGACUCUCUGUCCCACGGCUUGUUUUCCGGUAUUGC